UUCCUGCAGCCUACGACCGACUUCCGGGGGAAGGAACCGUCGAAUCGCAUUCUGCACCGCAACCAGGAUUCUCGGAUUUUUAUUUUCUUAUUCAUUUUUGAUACAAACAGUCAACAUCAUGGCGGGCUUCAGACCAGGUUGGGGCAAUGCGCUCCUGGUCCUCGCCUUGCUGCUUGUGGUCCUUCCUGGAAAAGCUGCAGCGUUUGGCGCCGGCAACAUCCCGUCUAUCGCCCAAGUCGAAGGUCACAAUUGGAGGCAUGGAGAUAUCGAGGAUAUGCUCAAGACGGUCGCCUUUCUGCACGGCAAGAAAUGGACGACCAUGAUGAUCGGGCGCGUCUACUUUGGCAACUGGCUGAGGGACUACUCCCAGGCAGUCGAUGUCGGCAGCUUGAAGGGUAUCAACGCGGCCACUAUCCGAAUCAUUGUCUGGGUGCUCUCCUUCAUGGCCAACGGCUAUGCGACGGAGGAGUUCGAGGUCACCGAGGAGCGAUUGGGCGUCUACCGGCCCGAGGAGCACAUCGACAACCCCCGCGGCUAUGCCGACGACACAGACGCCCGUGAAUAUGAUCCCCGUCUGCGAGGGCCCAUUAACCCCAGAGAGCUCGAGAUCGACCCCCGCACUGGCAUGAAGAACUACAUCGCCAACGAGAGCGGCGGGUGGGCCACGAGCGCUGGCUAUCUGCGCUGGAGCUUCGCUCGCAGCAUCCACUUCGCCCGCGUUUACACCAGCGGCGCGAGCGGCACGUCUGGGAAGGAGGCCGAUUUGUGCGAAGCUCUGCGGUGCCUGGGUCAGGCCCUGCACUGCAUGGAGGACUGGGGCGCCCACACCAACUAUUGCGAGCUCGCCCUCAUCGAGCUGGGUCACCGCGACGUCUUCACCCACUGCGGCAGCGCGACCCAAAUUCACCUGAACGGGAAGACGGUCUAUCCUCUCGUCACUGGCACUUUCGGAGCUGUUGACUUUUUGCACUCGGUUCUUGGCGAGGCCACCGACCACUUCACCCAGUCCGAAGUCGAUGAGAUUGACAUCGCGCUCAAGAACGCCGAGCAGGCCAACAGCUCUAGCGGCGGCCAGCGCGGCUUCUUAGGGUCCGGCUCAGGCGGCGGCGGCGAUUUCAUUUCGAUGCUGGGCCAGCUCCCUGGUGUCGGUGACGGUUUCGCUUCUCAGGCUAGAGACCUCAAGGCUGCGUCGGCCGCCCAGGAGAGGGAAAACGCGCGCGACGCUAGCAACGUCAACAUCAUGCCCGGCAUGAGCCCCAACUUCGACCCGGUCAAAGUCUCGGGGAAGAUCUACCCGAUCAUGCAGUUCCGCGAUAAGAUCGUUCGGUCCAUCAACAACAUGAUCUCCAAGAUCCCCGGGCUGGAGAGCCUGCUCGAGCACAUCAGCGAGACUCUAACGGCCUUCAUCCUCGGCCUUCUGUCGCCCUUUGUGCGGCCCAUUAUUAACCAAGUCAGCAAGGCGCUCAAGGAGGGCUCGUCGGGCCUGAUCGCCACGAGUGCCCAGCAGCAGUUCGAGCCGUGGACCAACCCGCGCUGCUCUGACCCAACCCACUCGAUGUUGUCCAAGGACCACUUUACCAACAUCCUCAACUCGUGCGGUGGCCGCGUCUCCGUGACCAUCCUGCAAUACGUUGUCCCACGUAUCAUGUACGCGUGGGAGAACCCUGGCGUACCCGUGGAUGAGGUGGUCGACGACGUGCUGCGCGCGUUCCACCACCCGGCGGCGCGCAACGAGCAGAUCGAGAUCCAGCGCGAGAUGUUCGAGACGGUGCGCAAGUGGGCCCAGGAGACGCCCUACCGCAGCCGCCUCGAUCACAUGCUGUCGUCAGAGUCGGUCAAGAACCACGACAACCACAUUCUCAGCGGUGAAUCCGGUUCGCGCUCUGUUUCUGGUGGUCAUGCCGGCGGUUGUGGCCACGGCUCAGACGGCGGACACGGCAAACCGGCGGGGGUCGUUGUGGUCGCACAUCCAGAACGUGAACCGCGACGCGAGGGAGCUCGGCGCGAGCCCGGCGGGCGGUGGGCAUCACCCGCCGCCGCAGCUUCACGGCCAGGCGGCGGCCUACUACACGGGGAGCUCGCCCCACACGCCGCAGUCGUAUGCGGGCACGCCCGGGUCGACGGGGUACGCAGCGAGCUAUGGGCAACCGACGCCGCCUCCUGCGCAGCCCCCGUACGGCGGCCAUCAGGGGUAUCCUGGGCAGGGGGCCUACGGACAGCACCAGCACCCUCAGCACCAGGCGCCGCCGCCGCAACCUUCGUACGGUGGUCACCCCCAGGGGUACGGCCAGCCGCAGCAGCAUCCGGGGGCCUACCCGCCGCACGGCCAGCAGCCGCCUUCGUGGGGGGGCCAUUACCCGCGGUAUUGAGACAGGAAGGGGUGAGUAAACAAGUGUCAUGUAGGGAAGGGAAGGGGAUUGUGGGGUAUUCUGUCGUCCAUAGUUCAGAUUUCAGACCGGUUUUACAGACGGACGCCCGUCGUGAUUUGCAAAAAUCUAGGUAGUCUAGCCGCCCAUCCACCCAAACGCCGCCCGCCCCCCUUCUCCAUGUUAUGAGCGUCUCUUUUUGUUUGCCCAAAAUGCCUCUCACCACCGUGCUAUGCAGAACCCGCCAUACCCAACGCAAUGCCGUCGCCAACCGACCAACCAAACAAAAUAAGCGAGGUACCUAGCUAGGUACACCGGAAAAGAAGAGCGCCCAUAUUACGAACGGUACGUUUUCAACAACAAAAGGAACAAGAACCAACCAACCAAAUUAGCAGAAAGAAAAAAAAAAACACAGGCGACAAGAAGAAAAAAAAAAAGGGCGAAAGAGAAAAAAGAAGGACAUCACCGCCGCCCCCUCCUCCUCGGAUCCGCCGCCUCAGCCCUCCUCAUCUCCCUAACCUCCCUCGUCCCCA